AUGGACUGGGAUCCACAGAGAUCACAGCCCCUGACAUGGCAGUACACUGCUAGCUCCGUUCUUAAAUACAACGUGCGUUUUCUGAAUGUAUCUGGUCUGUGGCCACUGCAAGGCUUCCAACUAUUUCGCAUCUGUAUUGCCACCAUAGUCACUCUGUGCUUGGGUCACAUUGCCGAAGCCGGCAUCAACCUCUGCACACUGCGAGGGGAGCUGGAAGACUACACACUGGCGCUGUCCAACGUGUCGGUCAUAAUCGUCGGAGUGCUCAAAGUGGCGAUCUUCCUCCGUAACGAGGGCAGUUUCUGUUUCCUGGUGCGCUGGUUGGACGCGCUGGUGGAGCGCCAGACAGAGUACGUGCGCGACCAGCCGUCGCGCGAGGCAAUCUUCAGGGAAGCUCGGCAACGCGCCAGUCGCAUCUCCAAAGGUCUCGACGCGUACAACGUCUCCCUGCUCAGCCUGUGGACCGUUGCACCACUGAUCGCUUCCUCUGGUGACAAGAGACUGCCCUUCCAGCAGCUGCCCAUGGCGAAUACGACAACCUUCCCACUGUACGAACUGUCCUACGCCUUACAGGGCACCUCUGUCAUAAUCAUUUGUUUAAUCAAUGUGCAUUUGGACUGCUUCUUUACAGCAGUUAUGAUUCUCAUCGGAGCUCAGUUGAAAUUAGUGGGCUCGCGAAUCGCUGAUUUGCAUCCGCGAAACGUAGCAGUGAAGAAUGAUUCGAUGAUUGAUGACACCUACAAGGAUUUAUGUCUCUGUAUCCAGACUCACCAGGAUAUCGCAAGGUUCAUCAAACAACUAGAAAGAGUGAUGAAUCCCAUCGCAAUGCUGCAGCUGGCCCUCGGAGUCUUCAACGGCUGCAUGCUCAUUUUCCCGGCAGCGUAUAACGCCGAGAGCGGGUCGCUGAUCAAGGUGUUGGUAACGGCACCAGCAGUCAGCAUGCAGCUGCUGGUCUACUGUCUCGGAGCUCACAGCGUCCGGGAACAGAGUGAGCUGGUUUCCGUGGCUGCAUACAGUUGUGGCUGGCCAGAUACCGACAUCAGAUUCCAGAGAGCAUUGCUGGUGGUCAUGGCGAGGGCACAGAGGCCUCUGAGUCUCACUGCUGGUGGGGUCUACCCCAUACAGAGGGCCACCUUCCUUUCGCUGCUGAACGCUGGCUACUCGUACUACGCUGUCCUUCAGAACUUCACUGGCCGCUGAAGGCGCGCCGGCCGACAUCUGCCAGCAUCGCACACACCCUG